AUGGGAACGUUGAUGGUGACUGAGGAGCCCCUGCCGCCUGAGUGGGAGGUGGCUAUAUCGCGCUCAAAGAACAUGCCAUACUACUACAACGUACAUACUAAAAAGGUUUAUUGGGUAGAUGAUGAGCUUCCACGUGGCUGGUCACAUCAAUUCGAUCGCAAUGGCCGCCGCUUUUACUUUCAUGUCAAGGACAAGAAUGCCACCAUCUCGUAUGACAAGCCUGUACUUCUACAAAAGGAUAGUAACUCCCCACAGUUUCAAGUAAUUAACGAAGUAACAUCCCCAGAGCCACUUCCUGUUCCUGCUCCAUCCUACGAUGAUGCAAAGUCACCUCAAGCGCUUUCCCCUGGUGGAUGCGAUCCACCGCAGCUUAUAACGAAAAAGUCGAACUCACUGAUGGAUUUAUUGAGUCCUGGACCUCCUGCUUUAAAUGCAGGACAACCUUUCGAGUCUCCGCACGUCGCAGUGCCGCUUUCGAGAACAAUGAACAUCUCGAAUUUGGUAUCAAGUUCAGAGCAGCCGCAGCACAGUAACGAAAGAGAAGAUACAAACAAGAACUUGUUAGCAAGAAGUUAUGAAGACGAAAAAGAGAAAGAUCCGGAUGCUGCCGCCGCAUUCUAUAAUCAAUUACAGCGACGUGCACAAAGUGACAGAGCAGACAGUUUGCUGUUUCAUAUGCGCGCUUUAAAUAAUUGGGUCAAGUCGAUAUUGAUCAAUGAAUUCUCGCGACAUGAAGGUGACUGUGUGUUAGAUCUAGCUUGUGGCAAAGGUGGUGAUUUAAUGAAGUGGACCAAGAGAAAUCUUGCCAUGUACGUUGGUGUAGAUAUUGCUCAAAAGUCGCUCGAAGAUGCUGUUGAGCGAUACGCUUCAUUUUUACGAAAUGGACGUGAUCGAGAAGGAAAGAAAACAGUAGUGCAGUUUAUUCAAGGUGAUUUGGGAAUUGUUGACUUACUACGAGAUGAAAUGCACUGCUGGAAUGAGCAGAAAGGAUGGCAUGAUGCAGUACCGUUGUUGAACUGGGCGGUAGGCAGCUUUCAUAUUGUUUCGGUACAAUUUUCAUUUCACUAUAUGUUUGGUGAUGCACAACGCGCGAAUCGCUUCUUUUCUACCGUGCAUGAGCUUCUUGCAGAUGGUGGCGUUCUCAUUGCAACAACUGUGGAUCCGAAUAUGUUACUGAUGAAAUACUAUCAGGGAUUACGGCCUCCUCAAAAGGAAAAGGAGGACCAAGACGCAAAUGUGCCUGAUGUGAGCAUUCGGGACGAAAAAGAUCGCGAAAUGUGCUGCAUUCGAUUUGAUGCCGCUACACGAGCAGAGCUGUCAGGACCUAAUGCCGCUGCGGAAGGCACUUUUGGUUUGCGGUAUAACUUCACGCUGCGUGAUCAAGUUGAGGAUGAUACUGAAGGUGGCGGGAGUCAAGCCGUCGAUUUACCGGAAUAUUUAGUCCCAGAUGAUCUGUUAGCAAAGCUCUUACGAGAACACGGCUUUGAGCUUCUUUUAAAGCAGAAUUUUCACCGCUUUAUUCAACAGCGCAAAGACCAUGAUCGUAAUCGCUCGCUAUUGGAAAAGAUGCACGUGACUAACAUUCGUGGCUCUAUAUCGGACGCUGAGUGGGAAAUUGCAGGCCUUUACCAACUUUCGUUUGUUCACCGCCUUGCUUUACUUUAUGCGUAUGCACUUUGUGGCCAUGCUACGACGAUCUAUCCUAAGCACAUGGUUAAAGAGUUUGGUGUUCAGAGGACAAGUAAGAUAAAUGGACAGUGUGAACUGCAGUGA